AUGCCAGAAAUAAUACAUCUUGUUUCCUUCCUACAUUCAUCACUCUUGUUUCCUUCCCUCCCAUAUCAUUCUCAUCUCAUUAUCCUCUCUGUUAACUCAUUUUUUUUCCAUCUCUCCUCCCUUCCCUCCUCUAUUCAGGUUAUCAGAGUCACCCACAGUAUGCAAAGGAGAGAAUUCUACAGUAACAGUUUUCACCUCCUUCCCAUCCUGCUCAUUGUUAAUUUUUCUCCUGCUUCUCUCUCAAACUCUUUUUUUCUCCCAUCCUUUCUACUGUUUAAUUAUAUUCCCAUUUUAUCACACUUUUUCCUUCUCAUCAUCUCUUAUCCUGGAUUAUCACUUUCUCCUGUUUCUCUCAAUCUUUUCCCUGCUACUGAAACUUUUCCUUCCCAUCCUCUCCUCCCACUAUCACACUUUUCCUUCUCAUCAUUUCUUCUCUUUCUCCUUCCCAUCCUCUCUGCUCAUUAUCGCACUUUCUCCUGUUUCUCUCUCACUUACACUCUUUUCCCCUCCCAUCCUUUCUACUGUAAAUGCUCCUUCCCAUCCUCUCUCCCCACUUCCCAUCCUCUCUGCUCAUCAAGAUCUUCUCACUCUGAACAUGUGUGUGUGUUUGUGUGUUUCAUUUCUUCUCUGACCUUCCCAUCCUCUUUUUACAAUCUUUUCUCCUCCUUCCCCCACCAUCAUACAUUCUCAUCAUUUUAUCUUUCUCUCAUCCUCUUUCACAUCCUCUCCUCCCACUAUCACACUUUUUUUCUCCUUCCCAUUCCCACUCAUCCUUCUCUUUUUCUCUUUCCCUUCCCAUCCUCUGCUGUCAUCCACUCUCUGUUAAUUAUCACUUUUUUUUCCCUCCCAUCCUCUACUGGUUAUCACUCUUUCUCCUUCCCAUCCUCUCCUCCCAAUCACUUCUCAUCAUUCUUUCUCCUUCCCAUCCUCUCUGCUCAUUAUCAUUCUCCUUUUCUCUCACUUACACUCUUUUCCCCUCCCAUCCUUUCUACUGGUUAUCACUCUUUCUCCUUCCCAUCCUCUCACACUUUUCCUUCAUUUCUUCUCUUUCUCCUUAUCACACUUUUCUCUUAUCCUUUUCUAGUACACUUUUCUCCUUCUCAUCAUUUUCCUCUCAUCAUUUCUUCUCUUUCUCCUUCCCAUCCUCUCUGCUCAUUAUCGCACUUUCUCCUGUUUCUCUCUCACUUACACUCUUUUCCCCUCCCAUCCUUUCUACUGGUUAUCACUCUUUCUCCUUCCCAUCCUCUCCUCCCACUAUCACACUUUUCCUUCUCAUCAUUUCUUCUCUUUCUCCUUCCCAUCCUCUCUGCUCAUUAUCGCACUUUCUCCUGUUUCUCUCUCAUUUACCUCUUUUUCCUCCCAUCCUCUCUACUGGUUAUCCUCUUUUCUCCUCAUCCAUCCUCUCCCAUCCCUACUAUCACUUCCCAUUUUCCUACUCAUCAUUUCUUCUCUUUCCUCCCAUUCUGCUCAUCCUCUCUCUCUCAUUAUCGCUCUUUUCCUCCCAUCCUUUCUACCUGUUUCCUCUUUCACUUCCCAUCCUCUCUCCCUUUCACACUUUUCCUUCUCCAUUUCUUCUACUCCUUCCCAUCUUCUCUGCUCAUUAUCGCACUUUCUCCUGUUUCUCUCUCAUCACUCUUUUCCCCUCCCAUCCUUUCUAUCCUCUUUCUCCUCCCAUCCUCUCCUCCCACUAUCACACUUUUUCCUUCUCAUCAUCUCUUCUCUUUCUCCUUCCCCUCUCUGCUCUCUCCUGUUUCUCAUUAUCACCUUUUUAUCUCCUGUUUCUCUCUCACUUACACUCUUUUCCCCUCCCAUCCUUUCUACUGUUUUUCAUUCUCAUCCUCUCUCAUUAUCCUCUAUUUCACACCUUCUCCUUCUCUUAUUUCUUCUUUUCUCCCUUCCCAUCUUCUCUCUUCCUCCUUUUUCUCUCUCACUGAUCCUUUCUAUCCUCUUUCUCCUUCCCAUCCCUCCUCCCCCACUAUCACACUUUCCUUCACUUUUUCUCUUCUCCUCCUCCUCUACUUUUUCUCCUCUUCUUCCCAUCCUCUUUUCCCUCCCAUCCUCACAUCCUCUUCCCAUCCUUUCUUGUUAUCACAGUUUUUCUCUCAUCCUCAUUCAUUAUCCUCUUUUCUCCUUCUGCCCUCUCCUCUUUUUUCCUCUGCUUUUCCUUUUUUACUGAUUAUCACUCUUUCUCCUUCCCAUCCCACUAUCACACUUUUCCUUCUCCUCCUCUCUACUUUUUCUUCUUCCCAUCCUCUCCUCCCACUUUUCUUUUCUCCUCCUUAUUACUUUCCUUAUCCUCUUUCUUUAUUCUUUCAAUUCUUUUUUUUUUUCUCUAACUUCUUCAGUUUCUAUCUAACUUCUUCAGUUCUCUACUCUUUAUUAAUCCUUCACUUUCCUCUUCCACCUUUCCCUCUGCAACACCUUCUUUCUUUUUUACUCUUUCAUCUCUUCUCCUUUCUCUUUUUACUCCUUCUUUCUGCUAUAUAUAGCCAGAAGCAUCCCAAUUCUUUAAAUCCAUUUUAUUUUUACCCUUUAGUUCUUAAAUGA